GCGAUAUGAAUUAAAAUCGAGGCGGCAGUCUUCGCUGGGACACUGGAACGACCACCUGGAAAGUCUGGAUAAUCCUGCGAGGCAAAACAAUCGAUCACGACUCAUUUCCAUAACGAUUAGGCGAAUGCACGUCGCCUAUAGUGUGUCUAGUUCAGUGACGACUGUUUAGAGGUGUUUAACGAUUCAAGGACUCCCAGCGAUUGUCGCGAGCCUGAUCGACACGUUGCAGGAAAAUCGCGUCCUUUCAACAGGAUCCUUUGUAGGAACUAUUUGCAGCAGAAUGGUUAACAAGAAGAUGGUGUCUUCUCCGUACCCGUUUUCCUUAGAGGAAGAACUGAAGAAGAACCCCGAGAUAAAGAUGUCGGAUCUAGAGAUGCUGAGGGAAUGGUGCGAGAAGCAGCAACACUUGCCAAAGAUGACGGAUCAGCAUCUGGUCAUGUUCCUGCACAGCAAUUACUAUAGUAUGGAGGCUGCAAAGAACACGGCGGAGAAUUUCUUCACCAUCAGGUCCCACGUUCCUGAGUUCUUCUCGAUGAGGGACCCUUUGGGAUCGAAGGAGCUGCGCCAGGCCUUCAAUGUCGGAGCCGCCACUGAACUGCCCAGCUUGUCCAAGGAUGGCUACAAGAUACUGUUCGGAAAAUUGGUGGACCCCGAUCCAUCGCACUAUUCCUUCGACGACCUCACCAAGUCGUUCUUCAUGAUGUCCGAUUUGGUUGGUCUGAAAACUGGAACCAUAGAUGGAUAUAUUUUUAUCGGGGACUCGACGGAUGUGUCGCUGGGUCACGUGGGUCGAAUGAGUCCCAUGGGAGUGAAGAAGCUAGUGAUGUACCUUCAGGAAGCGAUACCUGUUCGUUUGAAGGGAAUACAUUUCAUUAACACGCCGUCAGUGAUGGACCUGGUAAUGAACAUGGCGAAGCCAUUUAUGAAGAAGGAACUGUGGAGCAUGAUACACCUGCAUUCGUCGUUGAAAACGUUGGAGGAAUUCGUUUCCCUCGACGUGCUCCCAAACGAAGUAGGUGGAAAGGCUGGACCUAUAUUGAAGAUGCAGGAGGAUCAAGUAAAGGAGAUAGAUAGCAAACGGGAUUGGUUCAUCGAGGAAGAGAAACUGUGCCGCGUGGACGAGUCUCUGCGUAUUGGAAAAAGCAAGACUGCCAGCGACCUUUUCGGGGUCGAGGGGACUUUCAAAAAGCUCGAGAUAGAUAGAUCAACGACCAAAGCCUCGACUGAAACAUUACAGCCAGGGGUCGUAACAACAGGAAGAGCCAGUGCAGUCGCAGCCGUCGACUCGAUCAUCACGAAAUCGUUUUCUUUUGUGUGCUUUAAUUUGUACAUAUACUUCGUUUUAGUUCCAAUCGGAGAAUUUACGUUCGACAUGGCUCCGAUCAAACCAAUAACGUACGAAGAGGAGUUGAAGAAGAAUCCAGAAUUGAAAGAAGAAGACAUGCAAGUGUUGAGAGACUGGUACAAGAAGCAGCCUCAUCUACCGAAGGUAACAGACGCGGAGUUGGCUCUGUUUCUCCAUAGCAAUUACUAUCGAAUGGAACCCACAAAGGCAACCAUCGAUACGUAUUACACCGUGAAGACGCACGUACCUGAAUUUUUCGCGCAUAGGGAUCCCUUUGGACUGAAGGAGCUGAGGAAAGCCUUUCAGACAGUGACCGUCCAGGUUUUGGACAAAAAAACAGACGAGGGUUACUCGAUUCUCUAUGGCACGCUAAUCGAUCGCGAUCCCUCCAAUUACGUCUACAACGAUGGAAUGAAAUACUUGAGCAUGGUCGUGGAUUUGUGGCUUGCGAAGGAAGGCACGUCAGAGGGACACAUAAUAUUGUUCGACAUGAAAAACGUCGUCUUUGGACACGCUGCUAGAUUGAGCCCCAUGGGAUUGAAGAAGUAUCUCUUCUUCUUGCAAGAAGGUCUGCCAGUUCGCCUAAAAGGAUUUCACUUCAUGAACAUCACGCCUGUGAUGGACGUGAUACUCAACAUGAUGAAGCCAUUUAUGAAGAAGGAAUUGUUGGAUAUGCUCCACACGCAUACAAAUUUGGAGACUCUGUCGAAGUUCAUCCCCAUCGAUGCGCUGCCAAACGAAAUUGGGGGAAAAGCGGGAGCCACGAUGGAACUGCACGCAAAAGUUAUCAAAACGUUGGAGGAUAAUCGCGAUUGGUUCGUUGAAGAAGAACGAACGAAACGAGUCAACGAGUCAUUGAGACCUGGUAAAGGGAAAUCGAUAACCGAUCUCUUUGGAGUUGAAGGAAGUUUCAAGAAACUCGAAAUUGAUUAGGUGGCUGCUGGAUUGGAAAUGCUUAUGUGGCGUACAGCAUGUGAAUUAUAUAAAGUUCAUUUAACAUUUAACUUUAUUUCUAUUCUGUUAAUUUAAUAUUCUUGUCAAAGGAAAGUGACAAACAGUGUAAUAAAAGGAGUAUAA